GAGGUGGAGUCAGGCUGCCCGCGGAGCUCGGCGCUUGUUGCUGCAACUGGGGUUGGAUUUGCAGCUUUAAGGAGGCGGUGGAGAGGAGGAAGCGGCGAGCGGCAGUUGCAGGGACUGUAGCCUCAGCCGCAGCGUGGCUGGAAGCCCCCGUCACGGUUUUGGUGGAGCGACUGGGCGCGGGAUGGAGUAAAGCGGCGAGUGCCUCUCCAAGGCGGGGAGGGCUGGGGGUCAGGCGGUGCGGAGGAGAGAGAGGAGAAGCCGCGGCUGGCGCCUGCGAAUUUGGCAUUCGAUCGGGAGGGACCGCUUACUCGGGGGAAAUGGAUUCUGUACCACGGCUGACCGGCGUUUUGACUUUGCUGUUCUCCGGCUUGUGGCAUUUAGGAUUAACAGCGACAAACUACAACUGUGAUGACCCAUUAGCAUCCCUGCUCUCCCCAAUGGCUUUUUCCAGCUCCUCAGACCUCACUGGCACACACAGCCCAGCACAACUUAACUGGAAAGUUGGAACUGGCGGUUGGUCUCCAGCAGAUUCCAACGCUCAACAGUGGCUCCAGAUGGACUUGGGAAACAGAGUGGAGGUGACAGCAGUGGCCACGCAGGGAAGAUACGGGAGCUCUGACUGGGUGACGAGUUACAGCCUGAUGUUCAGUGACACAGGACGCAAUUGGAAACAGUACAAGCAAGAAGACAGCAUCUGGACCUUUGCAGGAAAUAUGAAUGCAGACAGCGUGGUGCACCAUAAGCUACUGCACUCGGUGAGGGCCCGCUUCAUCCGUUUUGUGCCCCUGGAAUGGAAUCCAAAUGGAAAAAUUGGCAUGAGGGUCGAGGUCUACGGAUGUUCCUAUAAAUCGGACAUUGCUGAUUUCGAUGGCCGGAGCUCCCUUCUGUACAGGUUCAAUCAGAAGCUGAUGAGCACUCUGAAGGACGUGAUUUCUCUGAAGUUCAAGAGCAUGCAAGGAGACGGGGUCUUGUUUCAUGGAGAAGGUCAACGUGGAGACCAUAUCACCCUGGAGCUCCAGAAAGGGAGGCUGUCCCUGUACCUCAGCUUGGAUGACAGCAAACUUCGGCUCAGCAGCAGCGUCCCCUCGGCCACGCUGGGCAGCCUCCUGGAUGACCAGCACUGGCACUCGGUGCUCAUCGAGAGGGUCAGCAAACAAGUGAACUUCACCGUGGACAAGCACACGCAGCACUUCCGGAUAAAGGGUGAGGCCGAUGCCUUGGACAUCGACUAUGAGCUUAGUUUUGGAGGAAUUCCAGUACCAGGCAAACCUGGGACCUUUAUAAAGAAAAACUUCCAUGGAUGUAUCGAAAACCUUUACUAUAAUGGAGUAAACAUAAUCGACCUGGCUAAGAGAAGAAAGCAUCAGAUCUAUACCGUGGGCAAUGUCACCUUUUCCUGCUCUGAACCACAAAUUGUUCCCAUCACAUUUGUCAGCUCCAGCAGCAGCUAUUUGUUGCUGCCCGGCACCCCCCAAAUCGACGGGCUCUCAGUGAGUUUCCAGUUUCGAACGUGGAACGAGGACGGUCUGCUUCUGUCCACAGAGCUGUCUGAGGGCUCGGGGACCCUGCUGCUGAGCCUGGAGAGCGGAACCCUGAGACUCGUGAUUCAGAAAAUGACACGUGCGGCAGAGACUCUCACAGGCACCAACUUGAAUGAUGGCCUGUGGCAUUCUGUUAGCAUCAACGCCAGAAGGAACCGCAUCACUCUCACUCUGGAUAAUGAGGCAGUGUCUCUGGCUCAGGACGCCUCCCGGCUGCAAAUUUAUUCUGGAAAUAGCUACUACUUUGGAGGGUGCCCCGGCAAUCUCACCGAUUCCCAAUGUUUAAAUCCCAUUAAGGCUUUCCAAGGCUGCAUGAGGCUCAUCUUUAUUGAUAACCAGCCCAAAGACCUCAUUUCAGUUCAGCAAGGUUCCCUGGGGAAUUUCAGUGAUUUACACAUUGAUCUGUGUAGCAUCAAAGACAGGUGUUUGCCAAACUACUGCGAACAUGGAGGAAUCUGUUCCCAGUCCUGGUCUACCUUUCAUUGUAAUUGCAGCAAUACGGGCUACAGCGGUGCCACCUGCCAUAACUCCCUCUACGAGCAGUCCUGUGAGGCGUACAGGCCAGGGAACACCGCUGGUUUCUUCUACAUUGAUUCGGAUGGCAGCGGGCCACUGGGACCCCUCCAAGUGUACUGCAAUAUCACUGAGAACCAGAUCUGGACAACAGUGCAACACAACGGCAUGGAGCUGACCCGUGUGCGGGGCUCUGACCCUGCUCAGCCUUACGUCAUGGCCCUGGAUUACGCGGGCAGCAUGGAGCAGCUGGAGGCCGUGAUCGAUGGCUCCAGGCACUGUGAGCAAGAAGUGGCCUUCCACUGCAGGAGAUCCCGCCUGCUCAACACACCCGACGGCACGCCCUUUACCUGGUGGAUCGGGCGGUCCGGAGAACCGCACCCUUACUGGGGCGGCUCCCCGCCUGGCGUGCAGCAGUGUGACUGCGGCUUGGACGAGAGCUGCCUGGACGUGCGAUACUUCUGCAAUUGUGACGCCGACAGGGACGAAUGGACAAAUGAUACUGGCCUUCUUUCCUUCAAAGACCACUUGCCUGUCACUCAGAUAGUUAUCACUGAUACCAACAGAUCAAACUCAGAAGCUGCUUGGAGAAUUGGUCCCUUGCGUUGCUAUGGUGACCGACACUUCUGGAAUGCGGUCUCAUUUUAUACAGAAGCCUCUUACCUCCACUUCCCUACCUUCCAUGCGGAGUUCAGUGCUGAUAUUUCCUUCUUUUUUAAAACCACGGCUUUAUCUGGAGUUUUCCUAGAAAACCUUGGCAUUAAAGACUUCAUCCGACUUGAAAUAAGCUCUCCGUCUGAGAUCACAUUUGCCAUCGAUGUUGGGAAUGGCCCCAUGGAGCUCACAGUGCAGUCUCCUUCUCUGCUGAAUGACAACCAAUGGCACUACGUCCGGGCUGAGAGGAACCUCAAGGAGACUUCGCUCCAGGUGGACAGCCUCCCAAGGAGGGUCAGGGAGACUUCGGAGGAGGGCCAUUACCGAUUGCAGCUCAACACCCAAUUGUUUGUAGGGGGAACAUCAUCCAGACAGAAAGGCUUCCUGGGAUGCAUUCGCUCCUUACACUUGAAUGGGCAGAAACUGGACCUGGAGGAGAGGGCCAAGGUCACGACCGGAGUCCGGCCGGGCUGCCCUGGUCACUGCAGCAGCUACGGCAGCAUGUGUCACAACGGGGGAAAAUGCGUGGAAAAGCUCAGCGGCUACUUCUGUGACUGCACCAAUUCGCCAUAUGAAGGGCCCUUUUGCAAAAAAGAGGUUUCUGCAGUUUUCGAGGCUGGAACUUCAGUUACUUACAUGUUUCAAGAACCUUACCCUGUGACCAAGAACGUAAGCCACGGGUCCUCAGCUAUUUAUGCAGAUGCAGCGCCAUCCAAGGAAAACAUUGCAUUUAGCUUUACCACGGCUCAGGCACCCACCCUCUUGCUCUAUCUCAAUUCCUCUGCUCCGGAUUUCCUGGCUGUCCUGCUCUGCAAGAAUGGAAGUUUACAGGUUCGCUAUCAGCUGAGCAAAGAAGAAAGCCAUGUAUUCACCAUCGAUGUAGAGAACUUUGCCAACCGAAGGAUGCACCGCUUGAAAAUUAACCGAGAAGGGAGAGAGCUCACCAUUCAGAUGGAUCAGCAGCUCCGAAUCAGUUACAACUUCUCCUCAGAUGUCGAGUUCAGAGCUGUAAGGUCACUCACCUUGGGCAAGGUAACAGAGAAUCUUGGGUUGGAUCCUGAAGUCGCCAAAGCAAACACUCUGGGUUUUGCUGGGUGUCUGUCUUCAGUCCAGUACAACCACAUAGCCCCGCUGAAGGCAGCCCUGCGUCAUGCCACCAUUGCACCUGUCACUGUCCUGGGGGCAUUGACAGAAUCCAGCUGUGGCUCCAUGAUAGAUUUGGACGUGAAUCCAGUGACCACGGUGCAUUCCUCAUCAGAUCCCUUUGGGAAGACAGAUGAGCGGGAACCGCUCACCAAUGCCAUUCGCAGUGAUUCGGCCGUCAUUGGAGGAGUAAUAGCAGUGGUGAUAUUCAUCAUUUUCUGUAUCAUCGGCAUCAUGACCCGGUUCCUUUACCAGCACAAGCAGUCGCAACGCACGAACCAGAUGAAGGAGAAAGAAUAUCCAGAAAAUUUGGACAGUUCCUUUAGAAAUGACAUUGAUUUGCAAAAUGCAGUGAGCGAGUGCAAGCGGGAAUAUUUCAUCUGAAAAACUGCAGGGUCACCUAAUACUCUUUUUUAAGAAAGUAACUGUUUUCUUCUACCUUCUCUCUCUCUCUCUGCUGUCUUUAAUUUUGGCAAUCCCCUUCCCUUUAUUUCUUUGCCAUUUCUUCUUUGGGAAAUACCUGCCUCCACCUGGGCAUCUAUCCCCUUUUUCCCACCCAGGAGACCCGACAGUCACUGCUGCUGCCCUCUUCUCUGACAUCACCUAUCGCGGUGACAAUGACCACUCAAGAGACCAACUCUGCUACUUCAGACCCAGGAAGAGAUGUGUGCACACGUGCAUAUUCAUUUCUGUGUUUGUCAGUUUCCAAAACGAGCUCCUCAGUUUCGCGGCCAUUCAGUCUUGCAGGCUUACCUUCACCCUGAGCUCUGUGACUUAGUCCUGUAAUGUCCUCCCUGACAUCCUUCUCCAACUCAAGAUCACUCAUAGCAGGGAACCCAGGGUAGAAAGAGAAGAUCCUAGAGGCCUGGGUUGGUUCCCCAACAUUUUAAAAGGAACAAGAGGUGUUUGCUUUGCAUUGGUUUCAUUUUCCUUUCCAUCGGCAGCCCCAGGGCUCUAACCCAUCCUCCUUUUGCACUCUGGCUCUUAUUCCCUGAAAAAUUUCAAAAUAUAGGACUUCUGAUAGGAGUGAACAAUUUCUCUGCUCCUUUCUAAGUACUUUUCCAUGGGGCUGACACUUUAGAACAGCAUAUAAUAGCAUCAGUCAAGGGGAAGCAUGGGAAAUAGUUGCUUGAAACCAGGAGGUAAAAAGAAGGCUACUAUGAAGUAGAUAUUCUGUAACUUCCAAACGCCUCUUCCAUUUUGUAAGAAAUGUUAGCUAGGUUAUUCUUGGGAUUAUUUACCAAGGUAAAGUACAUAAAUAUAUAUAUAUAUGCUGCAGCAUAACUCCAAAUAAGUCUAAAAUAGUACCUGGUUCCAUAAAAGAACUAAAUCUGUCUUAAUUCAGCUUUUAAAAAAAAGCUGCAUGGAAGAAGAGAGAUCCCAAACAGAAUUCUUCCUUUCAAUCCACUCAUUAAAGAUAUGCUAAAAAAAGUGAAUGCAGGUUUCACAUUUUAGAACACAAUUGAUGAAUCAACCUCUGUUGGCUGAACCAUUUUCUAAGAGGUUUAGGGUGCACUGACUGAUGUAUGACAUUAUUGUCACUCUAGGCUUGAUUUCAGAAGAGUCCUUAGAUUCUGUAGCACACUGCAUUUUCAAAUCUGCUACAUCCUCUGCCUAUAAAGAGGACACACAUCUUUUUGCAGGCUUAAACUUGCAGAUGAGGUGGUGACAAAUUUCAGGGUCUUUGUCCCUUUUGAUAAAGCAUCAAAGAAACACAGCCAUUCCCUUUAAAAGACAACUUGAGCUCAUUCAAGAGGUGGUGGAAAAGAUCCUGAUGAUGUUGCUGUAGCCUUGUGACUUAACACUUUGUCUCUGGACCAUCUUGGAGAAAAAGAUCCAUAGAUGUGGAAAGUACUGACCCACUAUCUUUGCAAGACAGAUUCGAUUGAGGAUACACUUCCCUCAUUGCUGUUUGCCAGUCUUGAUUGUUGACAAGUGUUCUAUCUUGUCCUCAGUGUGUGUGUUGCAUCCGAUUAUUUAACACUCCCCUUGCAUAAAGAGACUCACAAUGGCAAGCUCAUUCAUUCAUCCCAUUUCCAGGCCAUGCUUCUCUUCCAGUAGCAGAAAACAUGAGUUAAGGAUUUAUUUUGUAAUUGUGCUUUCUCAACUUUAGGGUAUUGUUCUGAUUAUACAUUCUUUCCUUAAAAUUUUAUGUAGAUUCUUACCUCAUCAUCUCAGCAUCCCCAGUAUAUCGUUUCCCUACUAAAUUUAUCUUAAUGUGAUUACACCAAGGCAUAGUUUUAUUUUCUAUCAUUUUUUUCCCUCUCACUUCAAUAAGAUGAAUGAUCCUUUAAUAAGAGGAAUAGUCUUUGAAACCAGCUUUUCCUUGCUCUGCUAUCCCUUAUUUCCAGUUUUCACGUUAGAAUGUUCUAUUUCCAGGAAAAGGCUAUAUAAAUCAGCCUUUUGCCUGGCUACAUAUUCCUUUGUCCCAUGAAAUAAAAGUCACCAUGAAGUGCGGUUGGUCUGGCCUGCUGUGUCUCCAGUAAUGAAAUGGAAAGGAGAAGGAAGGGUGAGUAAUAAAGUUGGAACUCCUCAUUAUUCAGGUCUCUGAGAACCAAGGGAUAUGCUUUGCAGACAGCGAGGACAGAAGAAAAAGGAAAACUAGCAAAAGCCAACUCAGAGUAUUUGCUUUUCUUAUCUAUUUAAAUAUGCUUGUAUAUAAAUUGGUAGAGGGAGAAUUUGCUCCUCUCACAUAUACCAACCUUCCCACAUCCAUGGACUAUGUACCAUAUACCUAAAGACAAAUGCCAAGACAUAGCAUAUUCUGCACACCACUCUUAUAAGUGGAGGCUCAGGGCUAAUUCAUAAACAAUUUUUACAGAGUUGGAUUAUUGCAUAAUGCCCAAGAACACUCUAACUUUCACUAAAUGCAUGUGAAAAGCAAGUGAGCUGCAUCCUCCAAAACUAAACACAACUUACAGUUAGAAAUAAGUGCUAACUGCCUGAUUUUCUUGGUGGUACCAAGAUCCAUGUAGUUUUAGAUCGUUCAAUCAUGUGAGGGCUUCAAUCCUUGGACAACUAUAUGCUAAAACUAACUGUAUAGAUACUGAAAGCAUUCUCAUCACUUCUAAGCCACUUCCUGCCACUUUUGUGUUCUGGUCUCCUGACUGCAUACUUUGGCCAUGUGCAGCCACAUAAUCUCUUUCUCUUUUAACCUUUAGUCUUUGGUAACUGCUGUUUACAAAAAGGUUUUAUGGAAUCAGUUAUUUACAGUAAAAACAAAAAACAAAAAAAGAAUACCCAUGCAAUUUCGUAUUCUAAAGGGAUUGUCUCAUUGACGUCAUGUACCCCAAACAAACCUAUUUUCUAUAUGUCAGGGACACUACAUUCACUUACCCUAAAACGUAUUUACACCUGCCACAUCAUUCAUUGUGUGCUUAAGUUAGAUUGCCAUGGUGUCUAUGUGAAUUCCUCUGGAGAAAGACGUUUGUUGUUUCUCCAGAGAUAUUUUUUAUGAAUAGCUUAGUCCCUUGUAUUCACUCUCAAUUGCACAUGGGAGAUUUAUCUUUAGAAUGCAGGGGCUGAUUUUUUAAAACAACAUUUUUUGCUUCCCUUAGUAAUAAAGGGAUGGUAUUCAUCUCUCUUCUACCUUUUAUCAGACCCAUGCCCACCACAGGGUAGCAGUAGUAGGAUCGGAACAAAAGAAAUAGAUUGUUCUCUUCCUUUCUUUAUUCCUUUAUGAAGAAUUUAUUGAACGGCCCAUACUCCAGGGACUGUGCUAGGCAUUAGAUAUACAAAUAUAAAUACCUUGCUCUUGCUCUUGGGGAGCUAGAGACCAGUAGGGGAGGCAGAUGUUAUAAUAGGGGUACACAUGAAGUGCUAUAGAAUGUAGAACACAGAUCCUGAAAAAUUACUAUUUUUUUGUGAAGCACUAUUUAGAGACUGAAAGAAAAACAAAAUUCUGCUUAAAUAUCUAUAAUUUGAUUUCUCUUUGGUUACUUCCACCCUCUAUAGGCUACUUUGUUUCUCGUCCUCAAGGAAAAUGUCAACUUAUGCCAACACAUUCCUAGGGAAGGAAGGAGAUGUAUUGAGUCUUUUUAGGGACAGCCAGAAUAAAUGGUCCCAUCUCUAGUGAACUUUUUGACAUGCUGACUUCUCUCCAUCUUGUUUCAAUUCUGGCCAGGAGACUACAAAAUUCUCCUUCUCAGGGUCAUACCUAAGUGACCAGAUGGACACUUUUUGGGGAGGAAGGGACCUCCACUUCUGCUCCUUCCUUUGCCCAGUUCUUUUACUGCCGUCUCUUUAUGAUCUGCUACAUGUCACUUCUCUUAGAGACUCAGAGACACUAAUUGGGGGAUUUUGUUGUAUCCAGCUUUUCCUAAAACCUCCUUUUUCCAAUGAACCACUUUACUCUCUUUAGGAAGAUCUCAGAACCAGAUGACAUAUAUCCUUGAGUCAAUAAUUGACAGAAAAUUGUUCUCCAAGACAGGUUUCCCUCUGUGUCUUGGGUCAACUUUUCGAAUCCCAAAGGUCAUGUGUCACCUCCAUGCAGGGAGCUCGUUCAUUCACAAGAGCAUCACAAGCAGGGCACCAGCAUUCAGGGAGAUAAGCAUCAGGUCUGUUGUAUUAUUUGUUGUGAAAAGCCUUGCCAAUUUGUGCUCUGAACUCCCAGGCUUCCUUUGAAUUCCCCCAUAGCUACAAUCCAUUAAAACCCUAUUGUAACACCAACCUGCCGAGAGGAAUUGGAGAUACAGUGUGCAAUUCUGCCAUUCAUUGUUCCUUGACUGAAAGGCUUGGACAUACUCAAUCCUAAAUCACCCUACAGGUCAUCCGGGGGCCAAAUAAAUAAAUAAACUCCCUUGUUCCCGUAGAUGACAAAGGUGGUUAAUGAAAGAAGGUUCAGGCAAACUCAAAACCUUCAGGAUACUUGGAGGAGAACUGAGUGCUAUUUCAUGUCUCUCGUACAGUUUGAAAAUGUCUUUAAAAGACAUUUAACACCACUGAAUUCUUUUUAUACACUGUUCUUAGGAUUUUUAACCUCUCCUCCAUCUCCACACCCACACUCUUACUUGGUAAGCUAUCUAGCUUAUAGUUUUUUGAUUGCUGCUAGUUCUCAGCUCUGCUUUCACAAAUUCCAAGUAGUUAAAUCUCCUGAAGGGGAAAAAAACAAAAAACAAACAAAAAAAUCUCUGUAAAAAUAGGGCUGUUAUUUAAGCAAAAUUCAACUUAGAUUUGUUUGGUGGGGAGAGACACAUUCCAUUUUGUGUUGACAAAUAUUCGAAUCCUUUAUAUGAAGUUCUACUGUUUAACUGUGUUGCGUUUUUGGGCAAUUUUUCUCUUUACACUGAGGAGGAACGGAAAAACAUCUUUUUUAGUGAAACAUCAUACAUUGUAAGCCAGUUGUCAGCCUUUUCCAAUGUUUAUCAUCUACAAAGUGGCUGAGCAGACAUAAGCAAGGAUUUAGGCAAGGAGUGAUUUUGUGUUUAGGCCACACCUGGCCACACACAUGUCAAGAGGAAGGGGGGCUCCUGUCCCAGGUGAGGAGGGCCGUUGCUCCCACCAGUGCCGGCAGCUCUCCCGACUUUCCUGGCUCCUUAUUCUGGAGUCUCUUUAGUGCAUUUGAAUCAUGAUCUCACACAUCAAGGAAAGAGGCAAUAUCACUGGCUUUGCAUGAGGAACUCGCUACUCACCUUUGCAUGACAUUUGGGCCAGCCCUUCGUUUUAAAUGCUUCAUUCCAUCAGGAUUUUUCCACGGUGCUUUAGAGUGAUCACCACAAUGAUCUCAGCUGCCCAGACUGAGCAUGUCCUCACCCAGAUGCUUUAAGGAAAAGAACCUGUUAGAAAACUUUCUAGAUCCAUAUCCUGAAUCUAAACACCCUUGGAUGCAAGUAUUGGGGUUAUGGAAUCAGUUGCACGAUCAUCUCUCUCCUUUGUUGGCGCUGAUGUCCCUAGGCAUGUCAUGAUAAGAAGGUAGGAGACUGUCCAUCCCUCACUCUGUCAGUGAGUACUGACAGACACCCACCUUCUGAGUUCAUCUAGGAACACCCGCUUCUUCAAUCCUCCCCAGGGAAAUCCUUCAAAAUAUAGCAAGACACAAUUAGGAGAACAAUCAGAGGCCAUGAUCAAAGGUGAAGCUACCUUAUUUAGUGAUUAGACCAUGGUCUUAUUUUCAUUAGCAUCCUAGUUUUACGUGCUUCAGACUCCAGCCAUGGUCUCAGAGGGCGUGAAAAGGUACUGGGAAUGCAACAAGAUCAUUCUAUUACCCUACAGUCUCUUAGAAGGGCCACUCUAUAAGUCGUCUCUUUUGUUGCAACUUUAAGGAUAAUACUUAUGGGCACUUGGCUAAUCAUAUUUUUCCAUUAUAAUCAACCCCCAUCCCAAAGGUUUCACAUGAAAUUUUAACAUAGUCUCUUCUCUUUGAAUGGCAGUAAGUGGUGAUGUGUAUAACCUUGUCCUGCCUUAAGAUAUCCAAGCAAAAAAAGUACCAAACCAUGCUUAAAGCAAUGUAGUCAUACUGUGAGAGAGACUCCAUGUCUAGUAAGGGCCAAGACCAAGAAUAUUCACCUUCUGAAUCUGGUGGUUGACAGAUCUCCAGAUAUCCUGUAUUGUUGGGUUGUUGCUUCCCUCUGUCAACUAGAAGUGGUAAAAAAAGGCAAAGAGCUGUCACCGGAGAUGGGAGUGAAGGUGAAGGGGGAGCCAAGAGCCAAGAGCCAAGAACGUGAUAAGUAAGAAGGCAGCACACUUUUCCUAUAAAGGAUCAGAGAGCAAAUAUUUUAGGUUUUGCAGGCUAGAUGUGUCUGUUGCAACUACUCAACUCCGCCAUUAUGGCAAGAAGCAGCCAAAGACCAUAUAUGAACAAAUAGGUGUGGCUGUGUGCCAAGAAAACUUUAUUUACCAAAAAAAAAGUGUCUGGUCAUAUUUGGCCCAUGAGCUGUAGUUUGCUGAUCUCUAUGUAGAUCAUUACUGCAUCUAUCUCAAAUGUGUAAUCAGUCUCACUCUGGCAUGUAGGAGUCCUCUUCUUUAAGGAAUAAGAGACAGUAGGGAGAUUACUUUUAACAAGUAAACCAUAGAAAGGCAAAAUAAUGCCCCCUCCCAUAUAUAUAUCUAUGUCAGACUCUAUUAUGGUAAAAGCACAAAAUAGGUCACCUCUGUUUGUGGAUCUCCUGGAGUCUAACUUUUUCUUUCCACCUUCUGAUUUUUUGUUCCUAAAACAAAAUCCCAAGUGAUGUUGCCUCAAUCCAAGUCAGUUUUGUAGACGAUGUAACAUGUCUUAAUACACUGUAUGGGGAAAAAUAAAAGUUAGCCUUAGAUUUCUUUGUUUUCUAUGGUUAUUGUUGUACAGAAGAAAGACUCAAACUGUAAAUAAUGUAUAUUUAAUAAAGAGAGAAUUUUGUAAGAUUUUGU